ACGCACUUUACGCGGAUCUUCUUUCAUUAAAAAUUAAAGACACUACGUCACCCAAUAUUAUAUACUGAUAUUGGCCACGUUCUUAAGAUGUCGGACAAGGACCUACCGUUUAUUUUGCUGCGGAUAUUUACAAUAUUUUUUCCGGUUUUCAGUUUUUGUUUUUUCUGUGUUAAUUCGACAAACCCGUGGGUUAUUACACCAGUAGAAAUCGUAACAAAGACGGAAUUUCCCGCCAAUUGUAUAGACGGCGACGGUGUUACACGGACACAUCUACAUAACUGGACAAGCUCUGCCGGCGCCUGUGAUAGAAGAGUGUGUUAUGAAGGUGCACUAGAAACAAUUAAAUGGCAAAUCAACUAUGAUUGUCCCGAGCAGAUUGAAUUCCUGGAUACAGUCAAUUGCGAGUAUGUGUUAGAUUCGACCUUGACCUUCCCACAAUGCUGCCCAUAUCUUGUGUGCUCUAACAUAUCCGCUACCACAACAACACUCGCUCCGUGUUCUGAUAGGUCCCCGACAUUCGCCUGCGAAUACUGGAAGAACCAAACCAACUGUACAGACAAUUCAAAUAGCUUGUUGCAUGACUUGUUCAACUUUACAUUAGGAAACUGUGAUCUAACAUGUGGGUACUGUACAUAGAAGAUGCCCACUGCAUGUAAUCUCAUGUUCAUUCUACACCAAACUGAAAGCUGUGUAUACAUGAAUAGACUAUCGGAUAGUAUACUUUAGAUCUAUGUGAUUAUUUUCAUCUGACUUUACAUUAUUGUAUUUUUAUAGAAAAUAUGAAUACAAACAGACAUACUGGGAAAUAAGGUCAAAGCCGUGUAACUCACACGUAUGAAUUGCAAUAUAUUAUCAGCAUUACCUCCCUUUAACUUUCUAUCCCAGACACUUUAUCUGGAUUUUAUAAACAUGUGUUGCCUAAAAUACCCGAAUCCAACUUGAUUUUUAAAUGAUAAAUUAAACUCCAGUCAUGUGUAAGACACUUUAAAACUGAAAGUUUCCUAUUCCUGCCCUUCUUAAGAUUGAUACAAAAUAUAAACAUUUUAAUCAAGUUUUUGAAAAGAAAAAUAGACGAAAUUUAAUAUACUCUAGAGACAAAAUUACAAAGGUAAAGUUCCACUUUUACCCGAAAAUGCCACAGAACUGAAAAAAAAAAUAAAUGGAGAGAAUUCUAAGUUUCCUUUCAGAUAUCACGAACUAUUGCAUUGUCAAAUUGUAUGUAAUAUUUUGCUAUUUAUUUACUAUCGAAGAAAAUAUCUUGCAUAACUAACACACUUGUAUCAUAACUGAUAUGGGAAACAUUUAAUUUAGAUAUCUUUUUAACACAAAACUGAAGUUACAACUGUCGACGACAACCAAAAUAUUUUAAUUAAGUCUGUAAAUAAAAGCUAGGCAUAUGAUUAAAAUAUUUUGUGGUCAUAAGCUGAAAUAUUAAAAUAGCAGUAACUUUUCUUGUAUUAUUUACUUUUGAUAGAAGAUUAUGUAAGUGAAGAUCAUGGGCUAUUGCAUAAUAAUCCAUUUACGUACUUUUAAGUUAUCCGAAACAUUUCUCUUGGGUUAACUUUACCGUUUUAUUGCACUUUCUUUAAAAUCUCAAAAUUAAAUCUUGGAUUAAAACCAAAGCGUAUUUGAAGAUUUGCAGUUUUGUAGCUUGUGCCAUCUUCUGGGGCAUGUAUGGUUAACAACUGAAGUUGAUUUCUGAAUUACAGUGACAUUCACUUUAUAAGCCAGUAUAUGUUCAAGGAAACAGUACUUUGUUAAACCAAAAAGUGACACCAACGCAUAUACUCGGUACUAAAAUGCGACCAAAUAGAACAUACACGCUGAUAAACUGCAAGCCAGUUUCCGUAUCCGUUUAGUACUCGGAAAAUACAACUGGGCCGAAUUUUCGUACUGAAUACCAAAAUGCAUCUAUAUUACUUUUGUGGCAUAACAGUUCUUUGUUAAGCCCAAGCACAAAAGGACAGGCUCUGGACAAUGCUUUCUGACUGACCAGUCAGAUUUUAUGAUGUCAUGUUAAAAUUAUGAAUAAAUGUUAUAAGGGAAACCUUGAUUUUUAGAUGUUCAAAUAUAUGUGUAUGUAGAUAUCAAGUGAUAAUGAUCAUGUCAUGUAUAACAAUGUAGGUUUUAAAAGUGCUUAAAAGAACUGACUGUAAAAUAUCGCAACCAAGUACUUCUGUUUACUGAAAUGCUUAAUUGUAAUAUAAUGUAAUUUUACCAUGUCUCUUUUCGUGACAACAGUCAUUCAUCAAUAUUCAUCGUUUUCAUCAUGCAUGUUGUUAUACAAAAUCAAAAGUUUAUAUCGGUUUUCCCAAUAAAAUGUCUCUCCUUUUA